UGUAGGUGGAGGUUCACUUCCGUGAAAUAUCUCAAGGUUUUCCACAUCCAGUUCCGGCACCUCACCUUCAGCUGGCCCUUGCGUCCGUUGUCAGCCCAAGUACAGGAAUUGCAGACGUCAGGGAAUUUAAAAUUAGGGGCUCAAGUCCCCCUGAGGAAUCUUCAACGCAGAACCUUCCCUACGGAAGGUGAAAAGAUUUUGGCGUCGUGGUUUUGGGACCGUUUUAGAGGGCGGUGAGCGGACCAUUCCAAAUAAAGAACCACAGCUGCCUGACAUCACAUGGACUUGUGAUUGAAAGAGGCUUGGGAUGUCGCUAUUUGGAAUACACAUUGGAAAGAAAAAGUUUAAAGAGCAAGAGAGGCAUUUACAAGCAAACAACCGGGAAUUCAAUGAGAAAUUUGAAUAUGCGUCCAAUUCCAUCAAGACGUCAAAGUAUAACAUCGUCACCUUCUUGCCUCUCAACCUGUUUGAACAGUUUCGGAGAUUAGCAAAUGCCUAUUUCCUGGUUUUGCUGGUCUUACAGUUAAUUCCUCAGAUUUCGUCAUUGGUUUGGUACACCACCGUGAUCCCCUUAGUCCUGGUGCUGUCCAUAUCAGGAGUGAAGGAUGCAAUCGAUGACCUUAACCGACACAAAAGUGACAACCACGUUAACAAUCGACCUGUGCAGGUGCUGGUAAACGGAAUGUUGAAGGAGGACAUAUGGAUGAAUGUCCAAGUGGGAGAUAUCAUAAAACUAGAAAAAGACCAUUUCGUCACGGCCGAUGUGUUGCUGCUCUCGAGCAGCGAGCCUCACAGCCUGGCCUACAUUGAGACGGCGGAGCUGGAUGGGGAAACAAAUUUGAAAGUGAAACAGGCACUCACUGUCACCAGCGAGAUGGGAGACAACCUCGAGAGACUGGCUGCCUUUGAUGGCGAGGUGCGGUGUGAACCACCCAACAACAAGCUGGAUAAGUUCACCGGGACUCUGGUUCACAGGGAAGAGAAGCACGCCUUGGAUAAUGAGAAAAUGCUGCUGAGGGGCUGCACUAUUCGCAACACCGAGUGGUGCUAUGGUCUGGUCAUCUUUGCCGUUUCUGUGCUUGCCCUAGGGCCAGACACCAAAUUAAUGCAGAACAGCGGGAAGGCCACGUUUAAACGGACAAGCAUAGAUCACCUCAUGAAUGUCCUUGUGUUUUCGAUUUUUCUGUUUCUGGGGGCCAUGUGUUUAAUCCUGGCUAUAGGGAAUGGUAUUUGGGAGAAGAGACGAGGCUUCUACUUCCAGAUCUAUCUGCCCUGGGCGGAAGGAGUCAACUCAGCUACCCUCUCAGCAGUCCUCAUAUUCUGGUCAUAUGUCAUCAUUCUGAAUACCGUGGUACCUAUCUCACUGUAUGUCAGUGUAGAGAUCAUCCGACUGGGCAACAGCUUCUACAUUGAUUGGGACCGCAAAAUGUAUUAUUCGGUGAACAACACGCCAGCCCAGGCCCGCACUACCACUCUGAAUGAAGAGCUGGGCCAGAUCAAAUAUGUGUUUUCGGAUAAAACAGGAACCCUCACUCAGAACAUCAUGGCUUUCAACAAGUGUUCAAUCAACGGAAAAUCAUACGGUGAUGUCUACGACCUGCUUGGACAGAGACUUGAGGUCAACGAGGCAACAGAAACUGUGGAUUUCUCCUACAACGAGCUGGCCGACCCCAAGUUCGCAUUUUACGAUCACAGUUUGGUAGAAGCCGUGAAACUCGGAGACGGUGCCGUCCACCAGUUUUUCCUCUCCCUCUCCCUCUGCCAUACGGUCAUGUCAGAAGAGAAAAAGGAAGGAAACCUGGUGUACCAAGCCCAAUCUCCAGACGAAGGAGCCCUUGUAACUGCAGCCAGAAACUUCGGGUUUGUUUUCCGUUCCCGCACUCCCGAAACGAUCACGGUGGUGGAAAUGGGGAAAACCAGAGUCUACCAACUUCUCGCGAUCCUGGAUUUCACCAAUGUGCGCAAAAGGAUGUCUGUGAUCGUGCGGGAUCCUGAAGGCAAAUUGAUGCUAUUCUGCAAGGGGGCUGACACCAUCAUCUACACGCUACUGGACAGUUCUUCGGAGGCCCUGAAGGACGUGACCAUGGAGCACCUGAAUGAGUUCGCUGGGGAAGGUUUGCGCACCCUUGUCGUGGCCUGCAGGCAGCUGGAUGAAUCGUACUUCGGCACCUGGAUCAAGCGUCACCAUGAAGCCAGCACUGCCCUGGAGGAACGCGAGGAAAAGUUAUCGAUGCUAUACCAAGAGAUCGAAAGCAACCUAUUGUUAUUAGGAGCCACCGCCAUUGAAGACAAACUACAGGACGGAGUGCCGGAGACCAUCGCCACCCUGACCCGAGCCAAGAUUAAUGUGUGGGUCCUCACAGGUGAUAAGCAAGAGACGGCCAUGAACAUUGGCUACUCCUGCAACAUGCUGGACGACGACAUGGACCAAGUGUUCGUCAUCGAAGGGCAAGACUCCGAAGCCGUGCUGAAGGAGCUCAGAGAAGCCAGGAAAGAGAUGAGACCGGAAUCCUUUCUGGACACCGACCCCGUUAACAUUCAGAUUUCCCGGCCUUCCAAGGAAAGCCUCGUCCUGCCUGAAGAGAGUGCCGGCGGGAACUUCGGCAUGGUCAUCAAUGGACACAGUUUGGCAUUCGCCCUGGAAGCGAAGCUGGAGCUGGAGUUGCUCCGAGCGGCCUGCAUGUGCAAGGCAGUCAUCUGCUGCCGCGUGACCCCGCUGCAGAAGGCGCAGGUGGUGGAACUGGUGAAGAAGCACAAGAAUGCGGUGACGCUGGCUAUCGGGGACGGGGCCAAUGACGUCAGCAUGAUUAAGACGGCCCACAUCGGGGUGGGGAUCAGCGGCCAGGAGGGGAUGCAGGCUGUGCUUUCCAGCGACUUCUCCUUCGCCCAGUUUCGGUUUCUCCAGCGACUGCUUUUGGUCCACGGCCGCUGGUCUUACAUCCGCAUGUGCAAGUUCCUCAGCUAUUUCUUCUACAAGAACUUCGCCUUCACGCUGGUCCACUUCUGGUACGGCUUCUUCUCCGGCUUCUCGGCCCAGACCGUGUACGACGAGUGGUUCAUUACUCUGUACAACCUUGUCUACACCUCCCUCCCUGUGUUGGGAAUGAGCCUCUUCGAUCAGGACGUGAAUGAUUACUGGAGCCUGUGCUUCCCAGAGCUGUACGAGCCGGGCCAGCACAAUCUCUACUUCAACAAGCGGGAGUUCAUCAAGUGCGUGGUGCACGGCAUCUACAGCUCCCUCAUCCUCUUCUUCGUGCCCUUUGGGACGGUCUUCAACUCAGUGCGGAGUGACGGCAAGACCGCUUCGGACUAUCAGUCCUUCGCGCUGAUGGCCCAGACGUCCCUGCUCAUGGUGGUCUCCGUCCAGAUUGGCCUGGACACGGCCUACUGGACGGCGGUGAACCAGUUCUUCAUCUGGGGUAGCCUGGCGGUCUACUUCGCCAUCACUUUCACCAUGUACAGUGACGGCAUGUACCUCAUCUUCACCAGCUCCUUCCGUUUCAUCGGGACGGCUCGAAACACGCUGAACCAGCCGGAAGUGUGGCUGGCCAUCUUCCUCAGCGUCAUCCUCUGCAUGCUACCCAUCGCCGGAUACAGGUUCCUCAAGGCCGAACUCAAGCCCACAACCAAUGACAAGAUCCUGCGGAAGAUCCGCGAGUCCAUGAAGAGGCCGCUGCCGCCCCCUCCCAAGGCCCGGCUGAGGCGGACCAUCUCGCGGCGGUCCGGCUACGCCUUCUCCCACCAGCACGGCUUCGGCGCGCUCAUCACCUCAGGGAGGAACAUGCGAGCCAAGUCUCCUUUCUCCGCGACGGGAACCUACUCCCCCCAACAAAUGAGACUCGGAGACCCGCCCCGCCCGGUUCAGGCGGCCGCGGAGCGGCCGCCACUUUGGUUCUCCCCGUUUUUUCCAGGCCGCGAUUCCUCUCCCACUCCAGUUCCUUCCCAGACGAUCCAGCCGUCCUAAGCUCAGGUACCCGCGGCCCCGUCAGCGGCAGGGGCCCGGCCGCUCGGCUUCCCGGGCCCUCUUCGUUACAUACCUCAGUGUGAGCCCAGAGACGGUAAGGGGGCAUGGGCCCCGGACGGUUUUCUGGCUAGUCGGCAUUUCGGCAGCAGCUAGAACGCCUCCAACGCUUCCGAUCGUCCCGAGCCUUGGAUCCUUAGCGCCGAGGGGCUUGGACGGGUCCGGGCUCUCGAGAUACACUACGAUGGACUCCAGAAACGCUAAUUCUCCCGGCUCGGGGAAGGGCCCGACUUUCGCGCUUCCCAGGCCGCUUUCGGUACUCCCGUCGACCGCGGCGAGCCCGACGCUCCAAUCCGGCCGGCGGGUAUCAGGGAUGAGGCCGAGGAACGCUCUCCUUGCUUUCCGACGGAGGAUUUCCCGCCUUCUUUCCAGCUUAACGAGUCUUACUCUGGGUUUCAGGGGACUCUCUUCUAACGGAGAUGAAAACCGUUGCCAAACCUUUUAUCGACGUUCUCUAGGACGCCCAUACGUGCGUGGGUGUGCACGCACACCCACACACGCAGGCUCAGUCAGGAUUGUAAAUCCACUCACUUGAGAUCCAAGAUGAGAGGGGCAGCCGGGAUUGUCAAUCCACUCGGUAGCUCCCCUCGCUUGAGAUCCAGGAUCAGAGAGGCAGUGAGAUCCCAAGGGACUAUUGAAGUUAGAGGGUGACAGGAUCCUCGGGCUAAAUUGAAAGCCACAACGACGCGAGUACACUACACGGGGGAAAGAGAGAGCCGAAGAAAAUCUGGGGGAUCGAUUCUGUCCAGUGGACACAUGCUCCAGAAAGCGAGGCGGAGAUACUGCCCAUGGUGGAAUCGGUAGGUGGGUCUUGGAUUUACCCCCAAAAAGGGGACCGUAUCCCCGGCGUCCCUGUUGCCUACCGGUCCCUGGGACAUUUCUCCCCCCGACCUCUUCCCGUUAACCCCAAGGCCAUAGCCCAGGGGAGUUGGGGCGGUUAAGGGGCAAAGUUGAGAGAGGGGGAGAAGGGGUG